AUGAGUGCAUUUAAAUCAGAACCAAUCUUUGAAGGAAUUGAAAAACAAUUGAAAACCAAUACAGAACAGACAAACAAAUUGGUUAAGAAAACUAAAUCAGUUAUUGUUUUCAACUUGAAGAAUAAAAAAAAUGAAACAAAAGCAUGGACAUUAGAUUUGAAAAAUAAUGGUUCAUUAACAUCAUCAAAACCUGAAGAUUUUGAUUCAGCAGAUUUAGUUAUCACUUUAAAAGAUUUAGAUUUUAAAAAAUUAGUUGCUGGUAAAUCAAAUUCACAAAAAUUAUUCCUUGGUGGUAAAUUAAAAGUUAAAGGUGAUGUUAUGAAGGCUGCAAAUAUUGAAAGUAUUUUGAAAUCAGUUGCGCCAGUUCCAUCAAAAUUGUGA